GGGACGACGACGACAGCGCAGUAACCGGGCGGGCAGCGAUCGGGUGAAGUGGUGUCCUGGCACUCCACACUGUCGGAUGAUCCGGCCUAGAGCUAGACCCACCGCCACCCGCCUUAUCUUCCCCCUCCCUCCCCCUCUCCCUGCGUCCACGGCCUGCGUCUUGGCCUCUUGCCAUUUACUAUUUAGGCGCCGUGUAGGUGGCCGGCCGGCAGGGACACACAUCCAUCCAUCGACCGCCAUUGCCUGCCAACCCCGUCGUGUAGGUAGGUGACUGGCCGGCCGCGGUAGUGAGUGAAGGCUUCUGUGCUCUGCUCUGCUCUGUGAGGCGGCCAUGGCGGGGCUGCGGCUUCUUGUUGGGGCGCUUUGGCUGCUGGCGGUGCUGCGGCAGGGCGCGGCGGCGGAGGCGGGGGCCGUCUCCGUGGACGGGCGGCGCGCCAUUGCGUCCACGGGCGAGGACUUCGUGUGCGCCACCCUCGACUGGUGGCCGCCCGACAAGUGCGACUACGGCACCUGCAGCUGGGGCCGCGCCUCGCUCCUCAACCUGGAUCUCUCCAACAAAAUCCUUCUCAAUGCCGUCAAAGCCUUCUCGCCGCUGGUGCUCCGGCUGGGCGGCUCGCUGCAGGACAAGGUGGUGUACGGCACGGCAGACCGGCGGGGGCCAUGCGCGCCGUUCACCAAGAGCGAGUCGGAGAUGUUCGGCUUCACCGAGGGCUGCCUGCCCAUGCGCCGCUGGGACGAGCUCAACGCCUUCUUCCAGAAAUCCGGGGCCAAGAUCGUGUUCGGGCUCAACGCCCUCAACGGCCGGGUGCCACUGCAGGGCGGGGCCAUGGGAGGCAACUGGGACACCACGAACGCGGCGUCCUUCAUCCGGUACACCGCCGGCAAGGGGUACAAAAUCCAUGGAUGGGAGCUCGGGAAUGAGCUCAGCGGCUCCGGCAUCGGGACGAAGAUCGGGGCGGCCCAGUACGUCAAGGACGCGAUCGCCCUCAAGACGACGGUGGACAGCGUGUACCGGGGCAGCCCGGCGAAGCCGCUGGUGCUCGCGCCCGGCGGCUUCUUCGACCCGGCCUGGUACGGCGAGCUCAUCGCCAAGACCAAGCCAGACAUGCUCGACGUGGUGACCCACCACAUCUACAACCUAGGGGCAGGGGUGGACACACAUCUGAUUGACAGGAUCCUCGACCCGAAGGCGCUCGACGGCAUGGCGAGCCCGUUCAGGGAUCUUCAGGGGCUGCUGAAAGCCGCCGGGACGUCGGCCGUCGCCUGGGUUGGGGAGUCUGGAGGGGCUUACAACAGUGGGCAUCACCUUGUCACUGAUGCAUUUGUGUUCAGCUUCUGGUUCCUGGAUCAGCUCGGCAUGUCGGCGAAAUUCGACACCAAGAGCUACUGUAGGCAGAGCUUCAUCGGUGGGAACUACGGCCUGCUGAACACGACCACAUUCCAGCCAAAUCCUGACUACUACAGUGCUCUGCUGUGGCAUCGCCUGAUGGGAACCAAGGUUCUAGAAGCCAAGUUCACCGGGACCAACAUGAUCCGCGCCUACGCGCAUUGCGCAAAACAUGCUCCGGGGAUAACCCUGCUGCUCAUCAACCUGCACGGCAACGCGACGAACCACGUCAAGGUGGCAGGUUCAGGCGGCCGCGGCGCACACGCCGGAAGGAAGCACGGGGGGAGGUUUGCUCAGGCGACCGGAGCGGCGAGGGAGGAGUACCACCUCACGCCUGAGGGCGGCAACAUCCAGAGCCAGGUGAUGCUGCUGAACGGCAGGGCGCUGGUGACCGGCGCCGACGGGAGCAUCCCCAGGAUGGAGCCUGUGAAGGUGGACGCGGCGCGGCCCAUCGCCAUGGCGCCUCGGUCCAUCGUGUUCGUCCACAUGCCGCAUUACCAUGCCCCUGCGUGUAGCUAGAGGUUUUGGUGUUCUUGCUGGUAUAGGUGGUGGUCAUAAAGGGUGGCUUGCUAAGCAUGUCCAUCCCAAGAUAGUUAUAAGAUGGCUGAAGAGUGUGUGGCUUUGUGUGAUUAGAUUGUAAGAGGAUGAAGGGGAAAUUGACAUAGUGAAACAAGACGCAAUGGGAAUAACUCUUUCCUGGUUUCUUCCGAGUGGUUUGUGUUUUCUUGUAAUGGUGGCAGACAAAAAGGAUAGGAAACAUUUACCUUCA